GUUAGAAGACACCACGCUUGAAAAUGCUGUAGGUUAGCGAGUUCGGCUGUUCUUUAUUUUCUCUUUUCCUUCCAUGUAAUCCAUUCCCUGGUUCUUCUAGUAAAGUUGUUCUUAGAACUCAGCGCACCCGCCCCUGCAUUUAUUGUCUUUUUGUUGCUAUACAAAUACUCUGCGCGGCAAGUCAGCCGAGACAUCAGGAAAGGGAAACACCGGAACUCGGCUUGAAAGCAGUGAAAACGAAAGUAACCUCGCGGCUUUCACUGUGGUGGGUAAGGCGGCCAUGGCCAGCGGGGGUCCCGUCCGAGAGCUCUGCGAGGAAGUCACCUGUCCCAUCUGCCUGGAGUACUUCAGGGAUCCGGCCACGAUCGCCGAGUGCGGCCACAACUUCUGCAGGGCCUGCCUGACCCGCAGCUGGGGGGAGGCGGCGGAGGCUUCCUGCCCGAUGUGCAAACAAACCGCCCAGCCGAGGAACCUCCGGGCGAAUCGGCAGCUGGCAAAUGUUGUCGAAAUAGCGAAAAAACUCAGUCUCCAGGGGGAAGAAGCCGAGGAGAGAAUCUGCGAGAAACACCGGGAGCCCCUGAAACAUUUCUGCAAAACAGAUAAGAUGCUCAUUUGUAGGGUCUGUGACAGAUCCAAGGAGCACAAAAACCAUGUGGUGACUCCUGCCGAGAAGGCUUCCCAGAAAUACAAGGAUAAAAUCUUCAGGUGCAUGAAGACUCUGAGGACUGAGAGGGAGGAAAUUCUGGAAUAUAUACAAGACGUUGAAGAUGAAAGCAGAGAAUUGCUUAAAAGAACAGUAUCAACAAGACAAGACACAGUGGCUGAGUUCAGAACACUACACCAGAUGCUGGAAGAACAAGAAAACGAACUGCUGGCCCGGAUAGAAGAGGUGGAGAAGGAGGUAGCCAGAAAAACAGAUGAGCACCUGGCCAGACUCUCUGAGGAACUCUCCUCUCUCGAAAGACUGAUCCAGGAGAUGGAGGAGAAGCAUAAGCAACCAGUGAAUGAACUCCUGCAGGAUGUCAGAGGCACCUUGAAGAGGUAUGAGAAGAGGAAGUCGUUUGAGAAUGCAGAGUCUGUCUGGUGUACGGUGAAAUUGUUGUUUUCUGAGUAUAAUGGAUCGGUGUUUUCUGGGUUUCCAGAGGCUUUCCCUUCUGAGCUGAAAAGUCAGGUCUGCUACAGCCAUUAUAACCCCUUUCUGGCGAGUGCCAUGAAGCAGUUCAGAGAUGCUUUGGAUUGGGCAUUUCUGAAACUAGAAGCAAAGGUGACUCUGGAUCUAGCCUCAGCUAGUUCCCAUCUAGUCCUCUCUGGAGAUCAGAAAAGAAUGUGGUGGCAACAUGAAACUCAAGACCUAUCUGAAGAACCUGAGAAACACUAUGGCUUUGUGUUGGGCAGUGUGGGAUUCACAGCCGGCUGCCAUUUCUGGGAAGUCCUUGUGGGAAUUGAGGAGGGGUGGGCUGUGGGGGUGUCCAGAAAGCCUGAGAGGGGCAGGGUCCCCAUGACUCCUGAGGAAGGGAUCUGGGCUGUGGGGAGGUGGAAGGGCCAGUACAAGGCCUUCGUAAAGGGCAUUGACCCUCCCCUGACCCUGAGGGGGGAGCUCACAUCGAUCCGAAUCUGUGUGAACUAUGAUGGGGGUCGAGUGGCCUUUUUCAAUGCCGAAAGAGCAGCCCUUCUCUACGAGUUCUCUGGAGCCUCCUUCUGUGGUGAGACCCUUCAUCCCUUCUUUGCUGUGUGUGGUGAUGGCUGGCUGAGUCUCCUCUCUUAA